AUGCGCUACAACUACACGUUGGUACCUUGGAACAAGACGGGAUGUCCCUUCACCGCGAAAGUCGCGACGCUCGACGACUCUCUCAAUCGCGCCGCCGCGGGCGACUGGGUCGCGUGGGUCGACUUGGACGCCCAGUAUCAGAACCCGCGCUGCGACGCGUGGUGGCGGUCGCUCCCGACCCACGCGCCGUCGGGCAAGCCCUGCCACUUCACGGUGUUGAAGACGAACCGCACGUUGAAUACGGGCGUCGUCCACGUCCGCGCUACUCCGGACGCGCGAGCGCUCGUGCGGGCGUGGCGCGACGAGCAGGUCGCGCGGGGCUACUGCGGCGGGCCGGCCGACCAGAUGUCGCUCCAGACCGUCAUGAUGCGGGCCGCGGACGCGACCUACGACGGCCGCUGCGAGAAAGCGAUGGAUCCGAGUGCACAGAAUGAGUGCUUCCACGAGGCGUUCGCCGCGCCGCCGCGGAACGUGUGCCUGCUGUCGUGCACGAGCGGGCUCCAGGGCCACGACUGCGCCCACGAGCCCCACGCGCGCCGCCGCGAGAACCUCUUUCUCCACCUCUCGGACUUCGAGGCGCGGCGCAACAGCCUGCGUGGAAAUCAACCUGGGACGUCCCGACCAAACUUUGAAAUUCUCUAUCUCGAUCAAAUCGAAGUCGAUUCGGCUGAUUUUUGA